GCUAGCCAGAGCAGGCAGCAGCAGCGAGCGAUCCGCACUAGUCACUGCAAGAACCACCACAGGUGAGUGAUCCAUCGGCGGAGCAAGGGAAGAAGCACACAGGGAGAGAUGGCAAUGAGGCCGCUCGUCGUCCUGGCCCUGGCGGUGGCGCUGGCCGGCGUGGCGCUGGGAGAGGGGGCCGGCGAGUGCGGGAGGUCGUCCCCCGACCGGAUGGCCCUGCGCAUGGCCCCGUGCAUCUCGGCGGCGGACGAGCCGGACUCGGCGCCCUCCAGCAGCUGCUGCUCGGCGGUGCACACCAUCGGCAAGAGCCCCAGCUGCCUGUGCGCCGUCAUGCUGUCCGGCACCGCCAAGAUGGCCGGGAUCAAGCCCGAGGUCGCCAUCACCAUCCCCAAGCGCUGCAACAUGGCCGACCGCCCCGUCGGCUACAAGUGCGGAGAUUACACGCUGCCUUGAGUGGCCCAGCUCUGGUGCCGAUGAAGAUGAAUGCUGUGGAAGGCGUACGUCGUCGUGUGGGAAUAAGCGAGUGGUGCAUGUACCACUUAAGUUGGGGCACUAGUGACUCCAUGGAGGUGCCACAUCAUGUGAUGUGUGCUUGUGGAAAUAUGUUUCUGUAAGCAUGUAAAAUGUUUCGUCUCUGUGUUAACGUGAACAAACGUCUCCGUGUGA